UUCCUUACUAUGAGAUGGGGCUUCUGAGCGUUGUUCUUGGGCUCUGGAUUGCCGCUCUAGCGGCUGCCAAGACGGUGAAGCGAGACGUCAAGGCCUUGAACGAGCUCAAGGCAGCUGGAGGAUGGAAGGUCAUGUACGCUUGGAAUGGGGAGGAUCCCUGUGGCGAUGGAGACGCGGCGUUGUGGCCGGGAAUCACCUGUUCCUCCCCAAAUGACAAUGGCUAUCGAGUGGUCACGGAAUUGGAGCUCUUUCAAGUGUCGAUCAUUGGAACGUUCCCGAUCGGUGUCACGAAUUUGCUGGAUCUCAGGAAACUAGACUUGCAUGGCAACAAACUCACCGGAUCGAUUCCUCCUCAAAUAGGACGCCUGCAGAAGCUUGUAACUUUGAACUUGAGAUGGAACAAGCUGCAAGACGCCAUACCUGUUGAGAUUGGGCAGCUGAAGAAACUACAAAACUUGUUCUUAAGUUUUAACAGCCUUAGAGGACCUAUACCAAAGGAGCUCACGUAUCUGCAGGAGCUUCGAUACGUGCAUCUUCACGAGAAUAAGCUCAUCGGCCGGAUCCCUCCGGAGUUUGGAGAACUUCCUUAUCUCCGACAAUUGGAUGUCAGCAACAACCAUCUUGUGGGAACCAUCAGAGAACUGCUAAGAAGCGAACAGAAUCGUGCUAAAGAUGCAUUUCCAUCUCUCCGAAAUUUGUACCUAAACAACAAUUACCUCACCGGAGGAAUACCAGCAGAACUUUCGUACUUGCGCAAUCUAGAAAUCCUGUACUUGUCUUACAACAAACUUACAGGUCCGGUACCGGACGCACUCGCAAGCAUCCCGAAGCUAACCUACCUAUACCUGGAUCACAAUGCUUUGAAUGGCCGACUAUCGUCAGCCUUCUACAGCCAUCCGAGCCUGAAAGAGAUGUAUAUUGAAGGGAACCAAUUCAGCUCUUCUGCCAAACCAGUUGGUUUACACAGGACAAUGGAAGUAUCCGACGCCGACUUCAUUUUUUAGAAGGCAAGAGUUUUCUUCAUGCAGUCUCUGUUUCACGAUAACGCUAGAAGAAGUUGCCAAGGAGGGAGAUCAGGGAGAAUAUUACUUUUUCACGUGCUAGUGAGUUCGAUUCCCGGUACCAGUCACUUUUCAGCCGUGAAGCGUUUCAUGCUGUUGUCUGAGACUGCAGAAUGCAUCCCUGGACAAUCUAUCAUGCAUGAGAAAAGCGUACAUGGAAUAUGAGGAGAUUAAGGAUGCUAGCCAGCUUCUUAGAAGGAUGCCUGAAAUGAUUCCAGCAUAAUGCCAGCCAUGAUUUCAUUGAUGUAGUUA